AUGGGUGAAAUCGGUACGAAUCUGCUCCUGCGGAGGAUAGCUGAACAAGCCCGCGAACAGAGCACGAUACGCGACGCAGCACUGGAGAACAAAUUUCGAAAGCUGCCCAAUCCAACGUCGCCCAGAAACGACAAACGGGUGCACAACCUGUCAUCAAAGGAGCUGACGAAGGAUCAGAUGCAGGUUUUACGGCACGAAGCUUCAUUUAACAUGGCUGACGCCAAACCUGUUAACAUGAUUGCAGCAGUGGAAUCAAUCCUUUGUCAGACGGAGGCAACGGAGGAGACUAAGAACCUCAUCCGACACCAAGCGUCGUCUCUCCUGAUGGCCCACAGGCCGCGGGAAGUGCUUUCCAAGGUCGAACGUGAUGCGCUUAGAGAACUCAAGGCCGACAAAGACCUGGUCAUCGUGCCAGCGGACAAAGGACGCGCCACAGUUGUACUGGACAGGACAGACUACCUUCAAAAAGCCAAAGGUUUACUGGAGGAACGACAGUUCUAUGUCCCAUGUGCAACGAACCCUUUAAAGGCGCUGACACGCGAAAUUAAUGCUACGUUGUUGGCCUUGGAGGACUCAGGUGCAAUAACACCGACCGACAGACGCAUGGCGAGACCCCAAGGUACGGCUUUGGCCCGAUUCUAUGGCCUCCCUCAGGUGCACAAAGACGGCGCUCCUCUCCGACCCAUCGUGUCGCUCAAAGGGACUCCAACGUACAGACUGGCUAAGUGGCUGUUCCGGCGUCUCAAGUUCCUGACCGCUGAGUCAGACACCACGGUCUCUUCGUCAGCACAAUUCCUGGAGAAACUCAAAGAGGUAAGCAUCCAUCCAAAUGAGGUCAUGGUAUCUUUUGAUGUUACAUCCCUUUUUACUUCUAUUCCCCAGGACCUGGCGAUCGAGACAAUUGAGCUGCUACUACAAAGCAAAUACGAUGAAACGGAGAACCGUCUUGGACACGCCCAAGUCCUUCAGAUCCUGAAGCUCUGUCUCAGGACGUACUUCACGUUCGACGGGACAAUAUACGAACAGCUGAAGGGCACACCAAUGGGUUCGCCGAUUUCGGGAUUCAUCGCCGAGGCGAUCCUGCAACGGUUAGAGUCGCUGGUCUUCCAGCACCACAGACCGAAAUUCUGGGCCCGGUAUGUGGAUGAUACCUUCGUCGUCAUCGAACGGGAUCAGGUAUUGACGUUCCAAGGACAUCUCAACGCCGUCUUCCCGGACAUUCAAUUUACGAUGGAGGAGGAAGAGAACAACCAGCUGGCCUUCUUGGAUGUCCUCGUAUGCCGCAAGGAUUGUGGUGGACUAAAGACCAAAGUGUUCAGGAAAGCGACAAAUACGAUGCAAGUACUGAACUUCAACAGUAACCACCCCAUCAGCCACAAACGCAGUCGUGUAAGGGCGCUCUAUCGGCGUGUCGAAACGCACUGCAGCGAGCCGGAAGACAAAAUUGCUGAACUACAAUACCUCCGACGGGUCUUCAAAGCCAAUGGCUACCCGCACAACUUCGUCGACCGGUGCAUACGCAAAAGGGACGAAAGGCCUAACCGCACGGACACCAAGUCUUGGCGGGCACUUCCGUAUGUCAAGAACGUCUCGGAAGCUGUCGACCGCCUUCUCGCACCACUUGGGGUUGGAGUGGCACACAGACCGGAGGCAACCAUCAGGCGUCUGAUCAUGAAACCGAAAACCCACUGCCACGGCUAG